AUGGGGAACCCGUGUAGAUCGCAGGAGAGGGAGAGCCCGUCGACACAGUCGUCUCCAAGAACAUCCACCAGCAGCGCCGGCCACAGCAAUGGAGCAGCAGCUGCGGCGGCGCCGCCCCCGCCGGUGGCGCAGAAGCUCAUCCCGCCCUCCGACGCCAACCCUUACCCGACCACUUUCGUGCAGGCGGACACCUCCUCCUUCAAGCAGGUGGUCCAGAUGCUCACCGGCUCCUCCGACAUGUCCGGAAAGCCCUCCCUCCCAUCCUGCAGGAACGGCCCCAAGCGGCCGGCUUUCAAGCUCUGCGAGCGCCGCCAUAACAGCUUCAAGAAUCUGCGGAUCAACCCCCUCCUUCCCUCCGAUUUCUCCCCGCGGAAGCCGCAGCAGCAGGCGGCGCCGCCGCCGGAGAUUCUCUCCCCCAGCGUGCUGGAUUUCCCAUCCUUGACGCUCAGCCCCGUCACGCCGCUGAUCCCCGACCCCUUCUAUCGCCGCCCAGAUCCCAAUUCCGCCGCCGGGAUCUGGCCAGAGGAGAGGGCCGCCCCCCCCACCGCCGCCGCCGUCGCUGCCGUGGAGAAAGGGUUCUACCUCCUCCCAUCUCCGAGGAGCGCCACCACCCCGCGGGAGGCGGAUCCUCCCCAGCUCCUCCCCCUGUUCCCCGUCUUCUCCUCAGCUUCCCCUUGA